UUCCUGCCAUGUAUAAAGAGUACUGUACUGGUUCGUGGAUUUAGUAUUUUAAGCUCCAGAGAUGGCGAUGAUCGAGUUUUAUGAGGAGCGAGAAUUUCAGGGGAAGUCCUAUGACUGCAAAGGGGACUCAGCAGACCUGCUUGGUUUCAUCCACCGAUGCAAUUCUGUUAAAGUACAAGGUGGCUGGUGGGUUCUGUACGAGCGAAACAACUAUGCAGGCUAUCAAUAUGUCAUCGGCCCUGGGGAGUACAAUGACUUCAGCCUUUGGAUGGGCUUCAACGACUGUGUCAGAUCCUGCAGGAUUAUCAAAAAUGUCAAUGGACCAUUCAAGCUGAAAAUGUUUGAUCGACCAAACUUUGACGGCCAGUCUCUGGAGCUGACAGAAAACAUGAAGUCAGUGCUGGAGAAGUGGCGUCGCCAUGAAGUCCAGUCCUGUAAGGUUCUCGACGGGUCCUGGGUGUUCUUUGAACAUCCCAACUUCAGUGGACGCCAGUACCUGCUGGAGAAAGGGGAGUACCGACACCAUUUGGAGUGGGGAGCUCUAACAGCAAAUGUAGGCUCCAUUAAGAGGAUCAUGGAGCUGUCAAAGGCAGCCAGUUAG